AUGAAGCUUGGCAAUUGGCAGUAGGCAGUGGUGUGGCUAAGCGCGGGUACUUCGGAGGAGUGGGAUUGACGUAGAGGUUGUCGUUAGCGGUGGAUCGCGGGAAGAGAAGAGAAAAAUGGCAACGAGAUCGGAAAAGGAAAGAGAGCUCGAAUGCCUCAUCCCGGUGGUCGGCUCCGACCUAGAUUCUCCGCCUUCCUCCAAGUUUUCUGAUUCCCCUGCUGCUUCUUCCUCUCACUCCGCCGGCAGGGAGGCAUUUAGCAAAGUGAUUCGUAGCUGGGCUUGGAAAAAAUUUAUGACUGGAUGUGUCAUCUUGUUUCCCAUAGCCAUAACCUUCUACAUUACAUGGUGGUUCAUUUAUUUUGUGGAUAGCUUCUUUUCUCCAAUCUACACUCACCUGGGAAUCAAUGUGUUCGGUCUUGGAUUCGUGACAUCCAUCACUUUCAUCUUUUUGGUUGGGGUGUUUAUGUCCUCAUGGUUAGGUACCUCUCUUCUUGGAAUAGGAGAAUGGAUGAUUAAAAAGAUGCCACUCGUCAGUUAUGUUUACUCUGCUUCAAAACAAAUCAGUGGAGCAAUAUCACCAGAUCAGAACACAAAUGCCUUCAAAGAAGUGGCUAUAAUAAAGCACCCCCGAGUUGGAGAAUAUGCAUUAGGCUUCAUCACAUCAACUUUGAUGCUACAGAAGAGUUCAGGAGCAGAGGAACUUUGCUGCGUUUAUGUCCCAACUAAUCACCUUUACCUUGGUGAUAUCUUCCUUGUCAAUUCCAACAACAUCAUGAGGCCUAAUCUCUCUGUACGGGAAGCAAUAGAGAUUGUCAUCUCAGGGGGCUUGUCUAUCCCAAAGGUCUUGACUAUAGUGGAUCUGCAAUAUAUGCUAUCAACCAGAGUUGGGAAAUUCUCAAUUCCUGAAGUUUAAUGAUGGGAAAUAUAAAUAUUGAUAUCAAAUACAUGAAGCUGCCCCAUUUCACAGAGGGUAAGGUACCUUGAUUGCUUAUAUUCAAACAGAGACUCGGUUACAAGUAUUCGCUCCUGACUUCAGGAGUUGUGAUCAAGGUGCCUUGAGUUAUUUUUUGGUUUGGUUAGUCAAUUUCCAGUCAUGAUAGUCAUAUUGGUUCUAAAAGUUAUUAGGAAAUUGAGCAUGAUACUGUAAUUGAUUAAUUGUACAUCAUAGCUGACCUACGAUAAAGAAUGAAACAAUUCUCUUUGAGAGGCUUCCUUGGCAUUCUGAA